AGCGCGAGUGAUUCCAGUGACGGCGGUUCGGAAAAGACCAGAAAACGCUUGACGAACGCGUCCAGCCUUCCCCGUCGCCUAAACAGGACAUCAAAUAAUUCUGCACAACAGUCGUCAACCUUACACACAGACAUGAAACACACGUCAUUAUGCUGUAGAUGCCGAAAAGAAAUCCUGGAUUGCACCAAUAAUGGAUCAUCAGCAGACACCAGGAGCGACGACAGCCAAAGAUCCAGGAAAAGAUCAGGAUCCAGGACGAGGUCUCAGAAGACCAACGGGUGUACAAAUAAAUUGGAAUCCAAAGAUUCUUCCGAUUGUGAUGGUCAACUGGCCAAACCAAGAUCUAAAUCCACCCCCAGGUUGCGAAGUAGUAAAAAGUACCCAUCAGACAUUUACCUUUUACCUUGUGCAAAAAAUUCGGCGAAUGUUUGUGAUUUACCAAAUGGCGCGUGUGUCAUGAUGUCGUCCAAUGGUUCUCAGAAUGUGAUAUCCAAUUGUAAUAGUUUGGGAAGCUCUUCGGAGUUCCUUAACGGUGGGACUGCGAGUAGAAUCGGGCGUAUGAAGAGGACGAAUGUGUGAUGUAGAUUUCUUUUUCUAUAACUAGAUAAAUAUUGUUAGGGUAGACGAUUUUUGUUUGUUGGUGGAGCAGUAUUAAUAAAAUAUUGUUUUAGAAGAUUUUAGAGAAGUUGUAGGUUUUUAUCACAUUUUCUCUAAUUUCUUAUCAAGAUUUUUUACUUAAUUUAUCUAGCUAAUAUUUGCAUUUCAGCAAAAGGUUUUGUUAUUAGAUUCAUGAAUGUGAAAUGCAUUUGUAACGUUUAAGUUGUUUAGAAAAUUACAGACUGAAAAAUAGUGAGGCUCAUGCUUAGACAAAAUCAUCAUCGUCGAGAAAUUCGGAAAAUUUGAGACAAGUGU